UGUCCCCUCCGCCGGUGCCCAGGGACAGCUCCCUCGCCGCCUCUCCUCCUCCCCCCCCCUCCCCGGCUCAGGUCACAUCUGCACAGCACAGCCGGGGAGGGGAGGAGCCCUCCAGCGCGGAACCCGGGCUUUCCACUCGGCCCGCCCUGAGGGGCGUGGGAGGGCGGAGCCGCGGACUUCGGACUCCAGCCCCCGACGCUCCUCUUUCCCUGACGCCCUCAGCCAUCCCUAGCGGUGAGGGAGCCAUGUCCGCGCUACUGGGGCUCCGGCCCGAGGUGCAGGACACCUGCGUCUCGCUGGGGCUAAUGCUGUUGGUCGUGCUGCUUAUGGGGCUGGCCCGCGUGAUCGCCCGGCAACAGCUGCACAGGCCCAUGGUCCACGCCUUCGUCCUGGAGUUUCUAGCCACCUUCCAGCUCUGCUGCUGCACCCAUGAGCUCCAACUGCUGAGCGAGCAGGACUCCGCGCACCCAACCUGGACGCUGACACUGAUCUACUUCUUUUCCUUGGUGCAUGGCCUGACCCUGGUGGGCACAGCUAGCAACCCGUGCGGCGUGAUGAUGCAGAUGAUUCUGGGGAGUAUGCCCCCCGACACGGGUGCCAUGAGGUUGUUGGCUCAGCUGGUUAGCGCCCUAUGCAGCAGGUACUUCAUAGGCGCCCUGUGGAGCCUGAGUCUGACCAAUUACCAUUUCGACGGGAGGAUCUUAGCUUGCAGGAAUCCCAUCCAUACCGACAUGUCCAAAGCGAUCAUCAUAGAGGCCAUCUGCUCCUUUAUUUUCCACAGCGCUCUACUGCACUUCCAGGAGGUCCGAACCAAGCUUCGCAUCCACCUGCUGGCUGCACUCAUCACCUUUUUGGCCUAUGCAGGAGGGAGCCUCACGGGAGCUCUGUUUAACCCGGCGCUGGCACUUUCACUGCACUUCCCGUGCUUUGACGAACUGUUCUAUAAGUUUUUUGUAGUAUACUGGCUUGCUCCUUCUUUAGGCGUGCUGCUGCUGAUCCUCAUGUUCAGCUUCUUCCUCCCAUGGCUGCAUAACAACCAAAUGACUAAUAAAAAGGAGUAACCACCCCCAAAGACUCAGGCGAAGUCACAGGACAGUCAAGCUGGAUGUGACCAUCUGAGCACCUUCCAAACUCUGGACUCGCCCUGUUUCAACUUCCUUUGUGGAAGGUGUCUUCAUGUUUUCACUACCUGGACUUAUACUUACUGUGAGAUGAGGUAGCCUGUAUUCUCAGUUAAGACUUGUCGAGUGAUGUAUUAAAUGCUGCUAGAAAAGGCUCAUUCAUUAAACCUCUAUAACCCCAAGUCAUUAUUAAUGUGAUGAGAAGAACAAGAGAGAUAAAGUGAGGCGGGGGAGGGUCACUGGUCAGGCAGGAGGCGGGCUCACUCACAGGCUCCACAAGGUGCUUGCCAGCCACAGCUUCUUAGUGACACUAGCAAUGGUGGCAUCUUUUAACCAGAAACUUGUUUUGGGAAAUGCCUUUUAUAUCCACUACUCCUCAACAGGUUUCCCAUUGGUUUGACACAGGGUCUCCCUUGUAACCUGGCUGGCCUGAAGCUUCCUGUGUAGACCAGGCUGGCCUCAGACAGUGAGCCUUUGCCUCUGCUUCCCAAGUGCUGGGAUUACAGGCAGGGAUGUGCCACCACAACCAGGGUUUUCUGCUUUGUAUUUAUCUUAGGGUAAAGACACUCACAAUGUAGCCUAGGCUGUCCCUGAACUCACCAUCUUCCAAGUGCUAGGGCUGUAAGUAUGUACUACCCCAACUGCCUCAGGCUUCCUAAAUUUUAAAUAUAUCCUAAUACCUAAAAUAUUUAAGCUGACAAUUUCAGUCAAAUUGUCUUAAUGCACACACAGCCAAGAUCUGGUCUUUUCAUGUUCCCAACUGCAUGCCACAGCCGCCUGGAGAGGCAGGUGGGUUUUCUUUCUGUGUUCCUUAUCUUUGUAAUGAUACACUGAAAUGCUCAGGAACAGCUAAUGAUAGAAUGUGGAAAUGGAUUCUAACCUCCAUUUGACUGGAUGAGCUGCUGAGCCCAGGUGUGCUGUGACUGUCCCCAGCACCAGGGGCAAACGCACGCUUUAUACUUCCAUGUCAGCAGCUAUCCGUGACUGGAGGAGAGGUUCUAAAGACAACAUUCAACUCUCUGAAUUAUACUUUAAAGCUCAGUGUCUUUUCUUUUUCUUAUUUGUGUAUGAGUGCAUCUAUAUGCACGUGUAUACACAGGUACUCAAGGAGGCCACAACAGGGCUCUGAGUCCCCUGCAGCUGGAUUUACAGGUGAUAAGCUAUCAUGUGGGUGCUGGGAACCCAGGUCUGCUGGAAGAGCAGCAAGUUCUCUUAGCCACUGAGCUAUCUCUCCAGUCCUUAUUAGUACAUUUGGAAGCUUAAAAAGCCUUUUUCCACUGCAAGCCUUACUGAAGUCCAGUUUAUUAUUUCAUUUUUUGUGUGUAAAAUGUGUGGGUGGGUGCAUGCUACAGCAUACAUAUGGAGGUCAGAGGACAUCUCCUCGGAGCCAGUUCUGUCUUUAUCUGGUUCUGGCGAUGGAACUCGGUUGCCGGGCUUGUGUUGCAAUGCCUUAAUCCCACUAGGCCAUCUUGCAGGCUUGAAGUCUAAUUACAAACAAUCCAGGCCACAAUACUGGUUUUUAAAAAGGGGUUGGGGCGAGGGGAAUGAGAGAUGAGUAAAAACGAACACUUGGCAGCUAAGCUGGCAGUAACAUACACUGCGUGGGGAUAAGCUUACAGACUCCGGAGGUCAGUCAGGUGACCAGAAGCUCUGUCACAAGGAUCAUAAGAGUACUUAAGUGUGAGGCUUCAGAAUUGUGACUCCAUGACUAAAUGCAUGCGCUCUCUAAGCCCUCCCCCAGGGAUGUGCUUCCUCCAGAGGUGUGCACCCCUAAACCUGCCUCCAAAUAAAUAAAAUCUUUUUUAAAAACCAUUCUUAACAGGGGGACUCAAAGGGCUGACAACAUAGAUAACUGCCGAUAGCUGAUGGCCCGCUUUUAACUGAAGUCAGGCUUCCCUGUAAAACAAAAGCCACUUUCACAUUUUUUUUUUAACCAAAAAACGCAUGGUUCCAGCUUCUUCAAAUUUGAGGCCUCAAUUCUAUCCUGGCAAAACGACCAAAUAAUGACUGUUCCUUUAAACAACCCUUUGCCUUCCAAAACGCAGCUGAGUGUUCUCUAGUUCAUGGCUUCUCAUAGAACACAACAACUACUUACAUUUCAGUAACAUGCAUGCUUCAUGGCUUGACAGAGAGGGGAACGGUCGUUACUGUGACGAUGUCGACUCUCUGACCUCCCCAGUGACUCUGAGUUUGUGUCCCUAGAUUCUGCUGUCAAUCCUGCAUUCCUCUCAGGGUGGCACUUUUCUCUCUCUUCUCACCUGUCCUCACUGCUGUUUAUUGCUUGUGUUCUAAGUUUGUUUUUUUUAAAAGAUUUUUAUUUUGGGAAAGGUUAGGAGAUGCAGCCAUCUGGAGAAGUAUGUCACUGGGGUGGGCUUUGAGUACAUAACCUAGCCAGCCCUGCUUCUGUUUUGCCCUGGUAUGUACUCAUGGUUAAAGAUGUAAUCUUUCAGUUUUUGUUCCAGCCACCGUGUCUGCCACUUGUCAUAAUGGACUCUCAUCCUUUCAGAACCAUUAAGCCAAAAUAAACACCUCUUUCCUCCAGUAAAGAAAGCAA